UCCGGUUGCCAUGGGAACGCGUCAACAUCAAGUGCCCUGAGGCAGUGCGGGCUGCGGAGGAGGCCGCAGAGAUGCCGUUAAGCACAACUGGCAUCUUGAGCUCCUCUUCUUCAGCUUCCAACAGGUCACGAAAUAGGACUCGCUAUCGGACCAAAGCCAUGAACUCUGAAGUAGAUGAGAGCCUCUUUGGAGGCGUCAAGCCCCUGGCCCAGGGCCAGAGCGACAGCCCCAUUGUGCUGCUCCGAGAUAAGCAUACCAUCCGGAAAACUCUCACAGCCCUGGGCCUGGAUCACAAGCCGGAGACCAUCCAGCUCAUCACCCGGGACAUGGUCCGAGAACUCAUUGUCCCAUCGAAGGACCCCUCUGGAGAAUCCCUGAUCAUCAGCCCCGAGGAGUUUGAGCGAAUCAAAGGGGCAUCCCACGUCCCGACCACAGAAGAAAUGGAGGCCAGGGAGCAGGCCUUCAAGAAGGAGAAGGAAGCCAUUGUGGAUGCAGUGGCGACUCGCAAGAAGAUCAUGAAACAGAAGGAGAUGGUGUGGAGGAGCAACAGGAAGCUCAGUGAGCUGGAAGAGGUGGCCAAGGAGCGGGCCCAGAACCUCCUGCAGAGGGCCGACAAGCUGCGGAUGGAGCAGGAGGAGGAGCUCAAGGACAUGAGUAAGAUUAUCCUCAAUGCCAAGUGCCAUGCCAUCCGGGAUGCCCAAAUCCUAGAGAAGCAGCAGAUACAAAAGGAACUGGAUGCAGAGGAGAAGCGGUUGAAUCAGAUGAUGGAAGUGGAGCGGCAGAAGUCCAUUCAAAGGCAGGAGGAACUGGACAGGAAGAGGAGAGAAGAAAGAGUACGGGGAAGACGGCACAUUGUGAAGCAGAUGGAAAGGAACCGGGAAGAGCGAUCUCUGCUUUCGGAGCAGCGGGAGCAGGAGAAGGAACAGAUGCUGGAGUACUUGGAACAGCUCCAGGAGGAAGACCUUCGGGACCUGGAACGAAGGCAUCAGGAGAAAGUGCAGAUGCAAGCUGAGAUCAAGCGCAUCAACGACGAGAACCAGAGAAAAAAAGCAGAGCUGCUGGCUCAGGAAAACUUGGCGGACCAGAUGGUGAUGGAGUUCACCAAGAAGAAGAUGGCUCGAGAAGCAGAGUUUGAGGCUGAGCAGAACAGAAUCCGGAGGGAAAAAGAGAAGGAGUUCGCCCGCCUGAUGGCCCUGCAGGAGAGGGCUCAGGAUUACCAAGCGGAACAGGAUGCCUUGCGGGCCAAGCGCAACCAGGAGGCUGCGGACAGAGAAUGGCGCAGGAAGGAGAAGGAAAAUGCACAGAAGAAGAUAGAAACGGAGGCUCAACUACGGAAAACCAGGAUGGAACAGGUGGCUUUCAAGGAGCACAGGCUCGCCGUUCAGGUGCAGCAGGACCGGGAAGAGUUCGAGAGGAUUCUUCGGGCUCAGAGAGAGCAGAUUGAGAAGGAGAAGAUGGAGGAGGAGAAAAAGGCCUCGGGGCGCUUACAGCAUGCCAACGAGCUCAGACGCCAGGUCCGAGAGAACCAGCAGAAGCAGGUGCAGAACCGCAUUGCCACCUUCGAAGAGGGCCGGCGCCUUAAAGAGGAGGCCCAGAAGCGCCGUGAGCGCAUUGAUGAUAUCAAGAAGAAAAAACUCGAGGAGUUGAGAGCCACUGGCCUUCCUGAGAAAUACUGCAUUGAAGCUGAGCGCAAAGCUAACAUCCUGCCCACCACCUCUGUGAACUGAAGGGGAGCCUCUGUGACCCUCAGGACGCCUUCAGGGGACAGAUUCUGCCCAGUCUUUGGGUGUCCUUAAUUGCUGCUAACCUAGACAUUUCAUAGUUACGGAUUAAACCUAUUCUACUUUUCUAAGGAA